CGAGGCGGCGUGCUCAUGCCCUGUCGGCUGCCCACGCUGCUCAGAGCCACCCGCGCCGCGCUGCCGCUGCUGCUACCGUCGCCGGCCCGAGUCGUCGCCGCGCCCGCCUCUCAGCGGCUCCUCAGCGUUCCCGCGCAGCCCGCCGCCUCCCGGAGCAGCAUGGACAGCGCCGAGGAGCUGCUGGCCCCACUGCGGCUAGCCGUGCGCCAGCAGGGAGACCUCGUGCGCAAGUUGAAAGAAGAUAAAGCCCCACAGGUGGAUGUGGACAGAGCGGUAGCUGAGCUCAAGGCCCGGAAGAGGGUUCUGGAAGCAAAGCUUGAUAACUAUGGACAACAAGAACUUGGGGAUCUUUUUGUAAACUAUAAUGUAAAGUCUCCUACUACUGGCAAUGACCUGUCUCCUCCAGUACCUUUUAAUUUAAUGUUUAAGACCUUCAUCGGGCCUGGAGGAAAUAUGCCUGGAUAUCUGAGACCAGAAACUGCACAGGGAAUUUUCCUGAAUUUCAAGCGACUUUUGGAAUUCAACCAAGGGAAAUUGCCUUUUGCUGCUGCCCAGAUCGGAAACUCCUUUAGAAAUGAGAUCUCGCCUCGGUCUGGACUGAUCCGAGUCAGGGAAUUCACAAUGGCGGAGAUCGAGCACUUUGUAGACCCCACUGAGAAAGACCAUCCCAAGUUCCAGAGUGUGGCCGACCUCUGCCUUUAUCUGUACUCGGCAAAAGCCCAGGUCAGCGGACAGUCUGCUCGGAAGAUGCGCCUGGGAGAUGCUGUCGAGCAGGGGGUGAUUAACAACUCAGUAUUAGGCUAUUUCAUUGGCCGCAUCUACCUCUACCUCACGAAGGUUGGAAUAUCUCCUGAGAAACUCCGCUUCCGGCAGCACAUGGAGAAUGAGAUGGCCCAUUAUGCGUGUGACUGCUGGGAUGCUGAGUCCAAAACGUCCUAUGGCUGGAUUGAGAUCGUUGGAUGUGCUGAUCGUUCCUGCUACGACCUAUCCUGUCAUGCUCGAGCCACCAAAGUCCCACUAGUAGCUGAGAAACCUCUGAAAGAACCCAUAUCAGUCAACGUUGUACAGUUUGAGCCCAAUAAGGGAGCAGUGGGCAAGGCGUACAAGAAGGACGCAAAGCUGGUGAUGGAGUACCUUGGCGCCUGUGACGAGUGCUACAUUACCGAGAUGGAGCAGCUGCUGAACGAGAAAGGGGAAUUCACUAUUGAAACUGAAGGGAAAACAUUUCAGUUAACGAAAGACAUGGUUGGUGUGAAGAGAUUCCAGAAAACACUACACGUGGAAGAAGUUGUUCCGAGUGUCAUUGAGCCCUCCUUUGGCCUGGGCAGGAUCAUGUAUACCAUAUUGGAACAUACAUUCCAUGUCCGAGAAGGAGAUGAGCAGAGAACGUUCUUCAGUUUCCCUGCUGUGGUUGCUCCAUUCAAAUGUUCUGUCCUUCCACUGAGCCAAAACCAAGAGUUCAUGCCAUUUGUCAAGGAAUUAUCGGAAGCUCUGACCAGGAAUGGCGUGUCUCAUAAAGUAGAUGACUCCUCCGGGUCCAUUGGAAGGCGCUAUGCCAGGACUGAUGAGAUUGGUGUGGCUUUCGGCAUCACCAUUGACUUUGAUACGGUGAACAAGACCCCCCACACUGCAACGCUGAGGGACCGAGACUCCAUGCGACAGAUAAGGGCAGAGGUCUCUGAUCUGCCUGGUGUGGUCCGUGAUCUGGCCAAUGGCAGCAUCACUUGGGCUGAUGUGGAGGCCAGGUAUCCCCUCUUUGAAGGGCAAGAGACUGGCAAAAAGGAGACAGUAGAGGAAUGAGAACAGCUGGCACCUCGUGACAACUUGUGCUAAUGAAUUAACUCAUCAUGUCCACUACACAGAGAAGUGUGAUUGCUUCCGGGGACUGUAUUUUUCCUCAGUGGCUGCCUGAUUUUACCCUCAGAAUUAAAGUGGAAGGAAUUCUGAACAAAUUUAUAA